AUGCCCAGAAGGAACUACAUCCUGGCCACAGUCACUGAGAAAACCCUGUCUGGCACCUCACAGGAUCCCUCAACGAUGGAGCAUGAUGGUUGCUUAGCAGAGCUUUCAAAAAAACUGCCGAGGGCAGAGAGGCCAAUCUGGCAGGGCUGGGGCGCGGGCGCUCAGGCACCGGCCAGCAUCACAGGUCCCCUCUCUCUGGGAGGCCGCGGUCCUCGCGCCAGGCCGACUCGCGCCUCCAGCCAGAGCAGCCGGGGGCCCCGAGGCCACCCCAGGCCGCAGCUGGCGGCCGCUGGCACGAGCGCCAGCGGCCCGGCGGCCCCCGCGGCGCGCUCGCUUCCCUGGCUCCACGCGCGCCCGACGCCGCGGCCAGGCUUGCGCGCAGCUCCGCCGGGUGGCCGGGUGGCCGCGGUUCCCGGUCCCCCGCGGUUUCCCUUACCGGCGGCCGGCCUUGCACGCCGGGCCCCCCAAACCCUGCGCUCACCUCUUUCGCAGUUCUCCGGGACCUGGUACGCCAUGGCCAAGAAGGACCCCGAGGGCCUCUUUCUGCAGGACAACAUCAUCGCCGAGUUCUCUGUGGAUGAGAAUGGCCAGAUGAGCGCAACGGCCAAGGGCCGAGUCCGUCUUUUGAAUAACUGGGACGUGUGCGCAGACAUGGUGGGCACCUUCACAGACACCGAGGACUCUGCUAAGUUCAAGAUGAAGUAUUGGGGCGUAGCGUCCUUUCUCCAGAAAGGAAACGAUGACCACUGGAUCAUCGACACGGACUACGACACGUACGCCGUGCAGUACUCCUGCCGCCUCCUGAACCUCGACGGUACCUGCGCUGACAGCUACUCCUUCGUGUUUUCCCGCGACCCCAACGGCCUUCCGCCGGAAGCGCAGAAGAUCGUGCGGCAGAGGCAGGAGGAGCUGUGCCUGUCCAGGCAGUACAGGCUCAUCGUCCACAACGGUUACUGUGACGGUAGAGCAGAACACAGCAUUUUGUAGCAACGUGGAGUUUCACUGGAGAAGUUCCCAUUAAUUCACACAGCCUUCAACUCGAUCUUACCUUAGGAGUUUAGUUUGCCCUGCUCUGCUUCCCUCCCUUCCACAAACACGGAACCUCGGUACACCUAAAAAUAUAUGUGGGGAUAAGUGAAUUUGCACUCAAAUGACUGUCUUUCCUGGAAUUUUCUGAGGAAUUAAGGCUUAGGAUUCCAGACUUUGAUUUAUUAAAAUAUAGUCACCCA